GUGACUGGGUGUGUCAUGUGGUCCUAGAGUAGCGUUGGGGCCGGGGAUCCGCGCAUGCGCCUGGAGCUGAGAGACGCAGAGACCUUCAGCUGGGGACAGAGUCAUGGCUGUACCACCCAACUACGCAGACCUGGGCAAGGCCGCCCGCGACCUGUUCAGCAAAGGCUAUGGGAUCGGUCUUGUGAAGUUGGAGCUGAAGACGAAGUCCUCCAGUGGGGUUGAGUUCAUCAGCAGCGGCACUUCAAACACUGAAACAGGAAAGGCGACUGGCAACUUGGAGACUAAGUACAAACUGUCCGAUGCGGGACUCACCUUUACCCAGAAGUGGAACACAGACAACACCUUGGGGACUGAAGUGUCCCUGGAAAACGAGUUGGCGAAGGGUCUGAAGCUGACACUGGAUGGUACAUUCGUACCCAAUACUGGCAAGAAGAGUGCCAAGCUGAAGACCUCCUACAAGAGAGACUAUGCCAAUCUGGGAGCCGACGUUGACCUGGACCUGGCUGGUCCUACCGUCACUGCUUGGGGAGUCCUGGGCUACCAAGGCUGGAUGGCUGGCUACCAGGUGUCCUUCGACACUGCCAAAUCCAGAUUGGCGCAGAAUAACUUUGCCCUGGGCUACAUGGCAGAAGACUUCCAGCUACAUACAAACGUGAAUGACGGCACUGAGUUUGGAGGAUCGAUCUAUCAGAAGGUCAAUCAGGAUGUGGAGACCUCUGUGAGUUUGGCUUGGAGUGCAGGAAGCAAUAACACACACUUUGGCAUUGGAGCCAAGUACCAGCUGGAUUCAAACACCGCAAUCUCUGCCAAAGUUAACAACGCCAGUCUGAUUGGAUUGGGCUACACGCAGACUCUGCGGCCUGGUGUGAAGGUGACCGUCUCUGCUCUGGUCAACGGGAAGAGUUUUACUUCUGGAGGUCACAAGGUGGGCUUGGGCUUUGAGCUGGAAGCAUAAUGAGGUAUUUGGUGUCGUGCGAAGAUCCUGGAGUCCCCCCAGCCCUUCCUCCCCACCAGAGACGACCACCAA